AUGGCACCCACAAAGAAGGCUCCAAAGCCAAAGCGGCCCGUUCAGAAGAACACGCGGAAUGGCAAGCCAAACAAGUCCAAGAAAGCAGCCGCCGCCUCUUCCGCUGCGACCACCGCCACCGCCUCUCCCAAAAAGGCAAUGAGAUACGUCCCGCAUUCUUCCCUGGCAUGGUCUACGGUGCACGUACCCACCGAGGCCUUCUCGGGCGGAGCGGGAACCACCGAUUCGACCUUCUUCCACGGCUUCAGCUUCGACGACGACGACUUCAUGGGCCUCCAGGAGAUCGAGGACGUCGACGUCGAGUUCGAAAAGACAAAGGACGGCGGCAAGACGAUCAAGUUCAAGGCCGCCGAGUACAGCAUCAAGGGCAAGGGAGGAAAGGGCAAGAAGAAGGCGCUGGUCGAAGAGCAGGCCGAGGCCGGUGAGGCUGGACAGAGCGAGGAUGAAGAGGAUGAGGAUCUCAGGCAGGCUCCGCCGGCCGCCAAGCAGAGUGGCAAGCGCAAGAGGACAGAAGCAGCGCAAGACGUGGACGACUACAUCUCGCCGUUCGCGGCAGAGGAGGAUGCCAUUGCUGCCUCGGCAUCCGAGGAUCAGGCUGGCAACCAAGACGAGGAGGACGGGGAGGCCGAUUUCGACGACGACGAUCCCAUCGAUGGCGAGGAGGCGGACCUCACGCCCGACGAAGAAGACGAGGACGAUGUCAUCGACGAGGAAGCCGACGAGGAGCUCGAGGACGACGACCUUGCAGUCGCCUUCAGCAAGGCGCAGUCUGCAGGCCUGGCGCUCGACGGCGAGGGCGACGAUGACGAGGGCGACGAUGGCAACUUUGAUGAGUCGCUCCUGCCCGGCUGGUCGGCGCUCCCUCUCCACUCUGAGCUCAAGCGAGCGCUCUACAACAUGAAGUUCGAAAAGCCGACAGAGAUCCAAGCCCGCUCGCUGCCGCCCGCACUCGGCCUUCAGGGCGCCGAGAGCGAUGUCUCUUCCGAUGAGGAGGGAGACAGCGAUGCCGACGACAGCGAGGUCGCCACGGUUGGCAACAAGAAGGACGUGGUGGGAAUCUCGCAGACCGGCAGCGGUAAGACGCUUGCCUACGGGCUGCCCAUCCUGCAGUGGCUCUACCACAACGCUCCGGGCAGCGUACCGAUGCCAUCGAUCGCCGACGAAGCUCAGGACGACGACGACGACGACAGUCUGCCACCACCGCUCGGGGCGCUCAUCAUCACUCCGACGCGAGAACUCGCGCUGCAGGUGGCGACGCACCUGUCGGACGUCAUCAGGGCGAGCUGUCGCUCCUCGCCCUCCGACGAGACCGUGUCGAAGCGGAAGCUCUCGCAGCGCCCGCAUAUUGCCGUCAUCUGCGGAGGCAUGUCGGAGCAGAAGCAGAAGCGCAUGCUCGAGGGACGCAGCCGCAGCAGCGGCGGUGCCGACAUCAUUGUCGCCACGCCAGGUCGGCUGUGGGAGAUGGCGAGGCUUGAUGACCGCCUUGCGGGGCGCAUCAAGCGGACCCGGUUCCUCGUGCUUGACGAGGCGGACCGCAUGGUCGAGGUGGGCCACUUCGCCGAAAUGGAGCACAUCCUCAAGCUCGUCUCGCGCGACUCCGUCGAGGCGCCCGAGGAUGACGCUGCGGGCUCGGACGACGGCGAAGACGAUGGAGGCGACGGUCUCGAGCCCCUUACGGUCGGCGUGCGCCCGUCGGACAACAUGCAAACCUUUGUCUUCUCGGCCACGCUCAGCAAGGCGCUGCAGAAGAACCUGCAGAAGCGGAAGCGGAUCUCGCCCAAGGACUUCAAGAAGCGUCGCGGCAAGAAGGCCAACGCGGCAGAGGCCACCACGCUCGACGACCUGAUGGAGCGCAUCGACUUCCGCGACGAGCGGCCGACGGUGGUCGACCUGACGGGCGGGCAGGGCCUGCCAGAGGGCCUGAUGGAGACCAAGGUCGAGUGCCUGCACACGGACAAGGACCUCUACCUCUACUACUUCCUGCUGCGGUACCCGGGCCGGACGCUGGUGUUUGUCAACUCGAUCGACGGCAUCCGCCGCCUCCAGCCGAUCCUGGCCAACCUGCGCAUCAACGUCUUUCCUCUGCACAGCCAGCUGCAGCAGAAGCAGCGGCUCAAGAACCUCGACCGCUUCCGCGCCACGCAGCUCUCGCGCGCCAAGACGGCGGGCGAGAAGAUUGCGGCCGCCUCGCACGACUCGACGAACGGCAGCCUCGGCGGAUCGAGCUCAGUGCUCCUCGCCACCGACGUAGCGGCGCGUGGUCUCGACAUCCCCGCCGUCGACCACGUUGUGCACUACCAGUUGCCUCGCAGCGCCGACUCGUACGUCCACCGAAGCGGACGUACCGCUCGUGCGGGCGGUACCGGCGUGGCAUUGGCGCUCAUCGAGCCUAAGGAGAAGAAGCUGUGGAGCAGUCUGUGCCGGACGCUGAGCAGGAGACAAGACACGCUUGCGCUGCCCAUCAUCUACUCUCUGCUGCCGGCGCUCAAGCACCGCCUUGCGCUGUCGCGCGAGCUCGACCAAAAGCGGCACAAGACGAGCAAGGCGUCGCACGAAGACAGCUGGCUCCGCUCGCUCGCGUCGGAAGCCGAGCUCGAUUUCCACAACGGCGACUCGGACUCGGAUGGCGAGACGCCCGGUGGCAGCGGCGGGGGCGGCGGCAAGGGGCGGAAGGCCAAGAUCUACUCUGCGCAGGUGCGCGACCUCGAGGCGCAGCUCGAGGUGGCGUUGCGGCAACCCCUCAAGCAGCGGGGGACCAGCAGGAAGUACAUCACCACCGUCGAUCUGGGUGGUACGGGCAAGGGGAGCUUGGCGAGCCAGCUGGUCGGUGAUGCGCAUCACGAAACCGUCCUGGGUCUCGACCAGAGCAGCGCGUCCAAGGACCUUUCCGCCCUCUCUUCCCGCCAACCCUCGGCGACCGCUGCAGCGUCACGCAAGCAGAAGAAGCAGAAAAAGGAAAAGGCGACGAACGCUGCACAGCCCCGUGCGCGCGUCCCCUCUGCGGUCCCCGUCGCCUCUUCGGCCGUCGCGGCGGCUCCUGCGUCCGCCAAGAAGCCGACGACGUCCAUCAAGCAGAAGCGCCGCGCAAAGGAGAUGGCCAGGCAGGUGCUCAAGAUGAAGCGCGCCGGCAAACAGUAA